UCAAGGCAAUUCUGGGCCAUAGGAAAUGAAAGGCGUAUAAAGUGAAUCAUUUGCUACUUGCCGGUGGUGUUGUUGUCUUUUGGUGGGUGGGGUUUUUCUCUGCAAUUUUGAGGGUUUUGCUUUUUCAUUUCAUUUUUCUAGUGAACCUGCAGACUAUCAUAAUUCUCUCCUCCUACCAUCAACAAUGACUAUUGGAGUUCUUGCUUUACAAGGAUCUUACAAUGAACAUAUCUCUGCAUUAAGAAGGCUUGGAGUGAAAGGAGUGGAGAUAAAGAAACCUGGACAAUUGGAUAAUAUCAGUGCCCUUAUUAUUCCUGGUGGUGAAAGUACUACCAUGGCUAAACUUGCUGAAUAUCAUAAUCUGUUUCCUGCUCUGCGCGAGUUUGUUAAAAUGGGAAAGCCUGUGUGGGGGACUUGUGCAGGGCUUAUCUUCUUGGCAGACAAAGCCAUUGGGCAGAAAGAAGGAGGUCAAGAGCUUGUUGGAGGACUUGAUUGUACCGUUCAUCGAAAUUUCUUUGGAAGUCAGAUCCAGAGUUUUGAAGUAGACCUUUCAGUACCAGAGCUCUCAGCUCAGGAAGGAGGUCUACCUAGUUUCCGAGGAGUAUUUAUCCGUGCUCCUGCAAUAGUAGAAGCUGGUCCAGGAGUUGAAGUCCUAGCUGCUUGCCCUGUGUCUCUAAAGACAACAUCAUCAAAAUCUGAUGCAGACACCCAGGAGGUUGAAUCCCUACCUGAACAGAAAGUGAUUGUAGCAGUGAAGCAGGGAAACUUGCUUGGGACUGCUUUUCACCCUGAGCUGACUGCUGAUACUCGAUGGCAUAGUUAUUUCUUGAAGAUGUUGGCCAAGGAAGAUGAACCUGCCCCUACUACUCUUGCUGUUGUUGAAGGAGGUGUAGAUCUUACUGCUGGUCAAACCCCAGAGAUUGAGAUGCCCAUAUAUCAAUAACAACUGUUAUUACUUCUUCUCCUCUCUUUUCCCGUCCCUUGAUUCCCUAUAGUAGUUGUUUUGGUCGAUGAAAUGAAAUUCGAUGUAUGACAUGCAAACCACAGUAAAAAAAAUUCUGUACUUUGGUUAAUCAAGGUAUUCUAGCUAAUGCAGAUGCACCGUGGUUUUAAAAAAAAUUCACUUAGUUAUA